AUGGAUAAAACUAAAAAUCAUGUGAAAAUUUCAUUAGAUCAACUAACUGAACAAAUACAAUCUAGUGAAAAACUGAAUAAUUAUACAGAACUUGAUCUUCGACGAUGGAUUAAACAAUUAGAAGAACUUCGAAUUCUACUUGAAAAACCAUCAAGUAUUUCUAUUGUAGAAGACGAAAAACCAUCAUCAUUUAUUCAUACGAUAAAAGUAAUUGAUAAUCAAUCAUUACUUAAUUCUUCUCUUAUACUAGAAAAAUCCAAGUCAAACUCUCAAAAGUCAACUGAUUCUCUUGAAGAGCAUUUUUUUUUAAUUUUUGGACCAUGUCAAUUAUCUGAAGACGAUUGUGUAGUUACACAUUCAAGUUAUCGUGCUGGUUUAUCACAAAUUAGUGAUAUUAAUCAUUAUUCAUCAGGAAAACAUGCAACUGAUUUUUUAAUUGAAAGAAAAUGUAUUAAAAAUAUUUUUAUUGGUAUUAUUUCUUCAUCACAUAAGAUUAUUUCACCAAUAUUCGAUUAUUCUAUUCAUGGUUGGUGGAAUCUUGAUCAUGUUAUUAUUAAUGGUGAACGUAAAGGAGAUAAUGGUAAUGAAACAAUUGAAACAGGUGAUAAAAUAACAUUAAUUAUCGAUUGUGAUCAUCAACAAAUACAAAUAGAACAUCAUCGAACUAAAAGACUUGUUCAAUUACCUAUAAAUCUUGAUGUAUGUCCAUUUCCAUGGAAAAUACUUGUUAGAUUACUUGCUGGAGGCGAUUCUAUUCGUAUUCUUCACUAUAAUUGGAAUGUUCAUAGAUAUGGAGGAACUGAACAAAUUUUAGGAGAAAUUUGGAAGAAAAAUCAAGAAAAUGUUGUCUUAUUGUUAUUUAUGGCGUAUUUAGAAAAAAAUUCAUUUCAAGUUCAAAUUGAAGUUUUUAUACCAACACAUGGUAAUGAAGUUCGAUGGUAUAUUGGUGGUCCAACUUUUUAUGAAACAAUUGAUAUGAAUCAUGUCCGACACUAUAUGUCAUUAGAUAUUCUUCGUCGUGUCAUGAAAAAUUAUUUCGGUUACGAUGUUGUUUAUUUAAUGGGUAUCAGUGAUAUUGAUUAUAAAGUAAAUUUAUUUUUAUUAGAAUACAAAAUUAAAAAAAAACAAAAUAAAUUUGUCUUUCUUUUAGAAUAUACGGCACUAGUACACUUCGUCGCACGACACUUCGUCGCAUUCACUUCGUCGCAGAAUUUUUUUCGUUCUGUUCGUCGCAAAUUUUUUUUUCGUUCUGUUCGUUUCUGUCUACUUGCUGCCUCGCUCUUAAUCAAUUCUUUUUGUGUACUCAAAAAGUGAGUACACUACUAAAAUCGGUCAGUAUGUCCGGCCGUUAACACGAUAACUUUCGAAAGGAGAGUCCAAUCGCGAUGAAAUUUUCUNACAUUAAGUAACUCUGUAGACGUCUAAUAGUAUAAGAGUGAUGCAUCUUCCCAUGAAAAAAAUUCGAAAAAAAUAUGCGUUUGAACGCAACAUUUUUAAAAAAGAACGCUACUUUUACAUGUAAACGCGUUGAUUUAUUUUUCAGCACGUUUUUUCUAUUAAAAACGUGGUUUUAUAAAAAGCGUUUAAACUCAUUCGUCAAAAAAGCUGUUUUUCUUAAAAAACGCUUUGAAAAAAAAAUCCUUUAAACACGUUAUUUUGGAUGAGCUGAAACAUAUUUUCAAUAACGCGUUUUUCGGAAACGCGUUGCAACGGUGUUUUUGUAAUUCGUAUAGUUUAGAAAAAAACGCAUUUCAUUGAAGUAUACAUUUUCGUCAUUCAAAUAGGCGUGUUACUUUAUUUUUAUUUAUAUAAUAAGGAAUAAAUAUAAGUCAAAUCUUUUUGUUUAUAAAAUAAAGCUGAAUAAAUUCUUUAUUUUUGAAAAAUAAAUUUAAAUAAAUCAAUAAGUAUUUAUUAUUUAAAAAAUAAAGAGAAAUAAAAUCUUUUUAUGUAUAAAAUAAAGAUAAAGAGUUUUUUUUAUUUAUCUUUAUAAAAUAAAGAUAAAAUAACUAAGAAAGAAGUUUUUUCCAUGAGAACCUAAUCUUUAAUUUUUACCAAGUAGCUCAAAAGAAGUUAUGAUACCAAACAUAGUAAUGAAAUAUACAGAAAAGUUUUUUCCAUAUUUUUUUUCAAGUAUCAGCUUAAUUUUUUAAUAAUAUUAUAUGUCGAAGUGAUGCUGCAGAUAAGAAAGAAUAUUAAUCAACAUAUCCUGCUGUUAUACUAGGUAUUUGUCAAUUUACUUGUCAUAUAAAAUAAUAUUUCUUUAUUAUUUAUUUUAUCUUUAUUUUUGAAAAUAAAAAAUUCAUUUAUCUUUAUUUUUUAAGCAAUAAACAUUUAUUUGUUUAUUUUACGUUAUUUUUCCAAAACACAGAACUUAUUCAUCUUUAUUUUAUAAAUAUAAAGAAUUUUGUUAUAUUUAUUUUGUAAACAUAAAGAUUGCAUUGAUAUUUUAUUUAUAAAGUAAAGAUAAAGUAACACCCCUACCUUUAAAUCUUCGUUACUAUCAAAUGAGAAAUAACUUUUGCUAUAUAUAGCCAAUCUGCUCAAAAAUUUUUACUGUUUUAAUCAAGAAAGACGGUGCAGCUUAAAACAAAAUAAAAAAAGGGAUUUAUUUGCAAAAAAAAACAAAAAGAAUGUCUUGAAAGAAAUUUUUAACUUGAUUCUGUCAAUGUAGUUACGAUAUUGAAUAAAAAUGAAUUUGUUUUCAUUUUUUUAAUAUUAUAUGUUUUCCAUAACAUAACUUGCAUCAAUAUGAAUGUAGCGGCAAAAACCAAUAGUACCAUAUUCAAUAUUAUCAAAAGGCAAGGAAAGCCAAAUAUUAGGGUGGGUGUGGGUGUG